CGUGACUACACUAACCUCGAUAACUUUGUUGUCGGUCUCCUACUGCUCUGUGGUGAUGUCGCUUCUCAUCCAAGACCUGUAGGCUCCUCAGAGUCUAUUUCGGUUAUCAAAUGUAUGGUAUCGAACGCACAGAGCCUGAAGAGCCAAAAGAAAGUUGUAAACAGCGACGGAUCAAAAGUGCUCGCCUGCAAUCUACAACAGUUUCAAGACCUGGUGUACUCAGAGGAUAUGGAUGUAGUCUCCGUCAAUGAAACCUGGCUAAAGAGAUCCUUAAAGAUAAUUAUAUAAUUUUUUAGGAAAGAUCGAUCUCACAAUAGUGCCGGUGGUGUGCUUAUCGCAAUCAAGAACGCUGUGUUCAAGUCUAUACGCGAAAUCCCUCUACCUGAACAACUACAAGAACUAGAGGUCGUAGCAGCUUCGGUCACAACUUCCCAAGAUCGAAAGAUUUUAUUUUGUUCUUUCUACCGACCGCCAGAUCUGGAUUUGUGUUGGUUUAAUUUAUUCAAUAAUUUUCUGGACUGGGUUUGCGAGGACUUUGACAAUAUGGUAAUCUGUGGUGAUUUUAGUUAUCCAAAAAUCUCAUGGGACGCCCCUGAUGCCUCCAGAGGUGCCAAUGAACAAGCAUUUGUGGAGGCGUUACACGACCACUAUUUAACUCAAAUUCAACGCAAGCCCAUGCGUGGCUCCAGUGUUUUAGACUUAGUCAUCACCAGUGUCCCAGACCAAACAAGCGUGUCCGAAGUCCUAGAAAUAGACAAAGCUGGUUUGUUCACGGAUCAUCGCACCGUCUUCUUCGAGUUCCACACCUUAGUUAAGGUCCCUGUCAAGACGCACCAUUCUGUGUAUGAUUAUGAAAAAGGAGACUUUGACGGCCUUAGAAACGCUCUGCGUUCAGUUAAUCUUACAAGUGUGGUGGGUGAGGGCGACCUUGAAAGCUGCUGGCAGACCUGUUCUAUUUCUUGCUGCGGUGAAAGACAAUAUUCCAACCAAGCGAUUAAGAGGUCGAAACCCCGUGCCCUGGCUCACAGAUGCCGUUAUCAAUCUUAUCAAGAAAAAGGAAACCGUACGCAGGAAACUAAAAUUGCACCCGUCGGAGUCACUAAAAGUCAAAUUUCAAACUCUGCG